AAACCCUUUUUUCAGUCCUCUUUGGGCCGACUCUAAUUUCUCUCUCUCUAAACUCUCUCUCUCUAGCCCUGGUUCUGUUCUUUCAGACCAGGCCGCCACACUCUUUCUGUCUCUUUACCAAUUCGGCUCCAAAUCUCUGAUUUAGAGAGAGAGAGAAGGGAGAGGAGAGAGAGAGGGAGAAGGGAGGGGAGAGGAGAGAGAGAGGAACUUCAUGAUGCAGUCAACCAACGGUGCUGAUCUGAAUCAACAGCAGCAACAGCAGUAUCAGCAGCAACAAUGGAUGCAGCAGUAUCAGCAGCAAUGGAUGGGCAUGCAAUACCCUGCGGCUGCAAUGGCGAUGCAGCAUCAGAUGAUGUAUCAUCAGCAACAUUACAUGCCCUAUCAACAGCAACAACAGCAGCCCUAUCAACAGCAACAACAGCGACUGGCUCAGUCCGAAUCUCAGAUUCAGGUCACCAGCGAAGACAACAAGACGAUCUGGGUCGGUGACCUCCAACUUUGGAUGGAUGAGACCUACCUUAGCACCUGCUUCGCUCACACUGGCGAGCUCUCCUCUGUAAAGGUUAUUCGCAACAAGCAGACAGGUCAAUCAGAACGAUAUGGAUUCAUAGAGUUUUUUUCUCAUGCAGCAGCUGAGAAAGUUUUGCAGAACUAUAAUGGCACUAUCAUGCCAAAUACAGAUCAAGCUUUUCGCCUGAAUUGGGCAACUUUUAGUACAGGUGAUAGGCAUCCAGAUGCUGGUUCUGGUCUAUCUAUUUUUGUAGGAGAUUUGGCUUCAGAUGUUACCGACGCAGUAUUGCAUGAAACUUUUGCCACUAGAUAUCCAUCUGUUAAAGGUGCAAAAGUUGUUGUUGAUCCAAAUACUGGCCGUUCAAAAUGUUAUGGUUUUGUUAGGUUUGGUGAUGAAAAUGAGAGGUCCAGGGCCAUGACUGAAAUGAAUGGCAUGUAUUGUUCAAGCAGGCCCAUGCGCCUAGGUGUUGCAACCCCCAAGAAGCCAUCGGGAUAUUCAUCACAAGCUGUGGUAUUGGCUGGUGGAUAUGCAGCAAAUGGUGUUAUGCCUCAGGGCUCCCAGUCUGACAGUGAUUCAUCUAACACAACAAUAUUUGUGGGAGGGCUCGACUCAGAUAUCACUGAUGAAGAUCUCAGGCAGACCUUUUCUCAGUUUGGCGAAGUUCUCUCUGUAAAAAUACCACCUGGAAAAGGAUGUGGUUUUGUACAAUUUGCUAACAGAAGCAGUGCCGAGGAUGCAAUUCAAAUGCUGAAUGGGACCGUGCUUGGCAAGCAGACAGUUCGUCUUGCUUGGGGUCGAAGUCCAGCGAACAAGCAGUUUAGAACGGAUUCUAAUAACCAAUGGAAUGGGGGUUACAAUGGAAGGCAAGGUUAUAGCAGGCAAGGAUAUGCUGCGCCAGAGAAUCAGGAUCCAAGCACGUAUGCUGUGGCGUCAAAUGGCUAUAGCAAUCACCAGCAGCCAGUAAGCUGAACUUACUGGACAGGCAUUUUGAUUGCAUUUGUCAAAAACUUGAGCAAAAUUAUGACAGAAUCAGUUGCUUGUUUACUAAAACUUGUUCUUUGUUGAGUUUUGUAGCUGGAUAGGAUUUCGUACCGCUGACUUCUACAAUAUUUUGUUAAAACCUAUUGGAAUUUUAGGGGCAACCAUUUGAACUUAAUUGAUUCAUGAAUCAUGGUUUAUGCUUGUGGACCA